AUGACAGCAUUCUUUUGGUUACAAAACCAUCUAGUUGUUUGGAAGUGUUUUCCACAUUUUGGAAAACAAAGUUCUUACUUUUCUCACGAACAAAUUGCUUUUAGCUUCGCCUGCAGUCAGUAAAAGUUCUUUUAAUGUGGGUUGUAUUAUAAAAACGACGAAGCUUAUCGGAUCCGGGCGGGUCCAACAUUACGAGGAGGAACCGGCACCGAAUUCCUUAGUUCCGUAACAUACACUAACCCAACAAAAGAUAGAAAAAAACUUCAACUAUAGUCAGAAGCAAUACGAAUAUGUUUCUCAAACAAUUAGCCGGCUUAUUAAAGCCUACCACAGUAACAACACUGCUUGAACCACUCAAAACCGCUCCACUUGCCGCCCGAUGGAACAACGCGGCUGCAUUUGGGAAUCUUCGAUGGAAUAGCACUAAUGCUACUGCUGCUGUUGCCGUUACUGACAAGAACACCGUUGAUACCGUAAACAAACAGGUGGAAAAUGGAUCCGAAGGACGAUUGUUCGCAGUGGUUCAGCUGUGUGGCAAACAGUUUAAAAUAACUUCCGGCGACAUAAUCGUUGUUGAAGGUUACUGGCCACCGGAAAAUGGUGAUCGUUUACGGCUGGAUAAGGUGCUGCUCGCAGGAAGUAAGGACUUUUCUCUCAUCGGUCGACCACUGCUAACACCCGGGCUGGUUGACGUGCAGGCUACCAUUAUCGAGAAAACACUUUCUCACACUCGCACACAUUUUCGCAAGAAGCGCCGAAAGCAGUACAUCCGUAUCAAUUUCUACCGCACGCAACAAACAAUGAUUCGAAUCAAUUCGAUCGACAUAACGAGAAAGCUAAGUGAAGCGAGCCUGAAUGAUACUAGUGAGGAAAGAUUUUUCUAGUGAUAGAAGGCCAGAUUUGUAGAAGCUCUAGAGCAGCAGAUAAAUAGAUAAACGAACUUGCUAUUCACCAACAAAGUUACAUUGCUUUUGAAGUAAAAAUGUUUGAACAUUUACA